AUGAAGACAGUUAAUUUCUGUGUCCUGCUACUUUGCUGGAAAACAGCUUGCUGCAAUAACUGUGAGCUGUCUAAUGUCACAAUAAUGGUGGAGAAGGAAGAGUGUGGGUUUUGCAUCAGUGUAAAUGCAACUUGGUGUUCCGGUUACUGCUUCACAAAGGAUCCAGUUUACAAGUACCAACCAAUGAUUCAGAAAGUCUGCACAUUCAAGGAGAUCAUAUACGAGACUGUAAAGAUCCCAGGCUGUUCUGGUCAUGUGGAAUCAUUUUAUUCCUACCCAGUGGCAACAGGAUGUCACUGUGAGACAUGUGACACAGACAUUACUGACUGCACCAUGAGAGGCUUGGAGCCAGGUUAUUGUUCUUAUAGCCCAAACCAGCUAAAGGAAUGA